AUCCAGGCCAGAUACUCCUUCUCCAAUGGCUUCAGCCCCUGUAGGUGCUCCUCCGGAUUCUCCAUCAGCAUCACCACCACCACCUCCUUCCCCGGAUUCAUCAUCAUCAGCGUCUCCCCCACCACCAUCAUCACCGCCGCCGCCAGAUUCUUCGCCACCUCCCCCAUCUUCAUCCUCCCCGCCUCCUCCUUUAGCAUCGCCACCGCCAUCGCCACCUCCACCCGGCGCUCCACCCCCGAAGAACUCAUCUCCACCACCCCUCCGCAAAAUUCAAAGUCCCCACCCCCUCCUCCACCCUCCAACAACACCUCCGGACCAGCAACUUCUCCGCCGCCACCACCGCCACCUUCCUCGCCCCCACCACCGUCCAGUAAUUUUGUCCCGCCUCCACCGCGUUCCUCACUAUCGCCUCCACAUGCAGCAACACGCAAGCCCCCGCCACCGCCACACAAGUCUCCGCCUUCGAAUCAUGGCAAAUCAACCCCACCGCCACCACCGUCGUCUUCGUCGUCGUCAUCAUCAAAAUUGCCGAUUAUAAUAGGAGUCGUGGCCGGUGCGGGGUUGCUGCUCUUUGUCAUGGUAAUCUUCCUCUGCUGCUGCAACAAAAAGAAGAAAAGAAAGAAUGAUCAAAUACAAUACUACCACGACCCUCCUCAUGAUUAUAAAGGCGCUGAACAGUACUACAGCAAUUGGAGCAGCGGUCCUCAAAAUUCCAAGCUCCCUCCACCUCCUGGUGCAAUAAUGGGUGUGCAACACGGCGUAGGGUGGCCGUCACCACCUCCACCACCACCCAACAUGAUGAGUGGGGAGAUGAGCAGCUCCAAUUUCUCUGGUCCCUUCCAACCUCCGUUGCCGCCUCCACACCCUUCUUUGGCUCUCGGGUUCAGCAAGAGUACCUUCAAUUACGAUGAGCUAGCCGUCGCAACAGCAGGGUUCUCUCAGGCUAAUCUAUUGGGUCAAGGAGGGUUCGGGUAUGUACACAAAGGGGUGUUGCCAAAUGGCAAGGAAAUAGCAGUGAAGAGCCUUAAAGCGGGGAGCGGGCAAGGAGAACGCGAGUUUCAGGCGGAGGUUGAGAUUAUCAGCCGUGUCCAUCACCGCCACCUUGUGUCCCUUGUUGGGUAUUGCAUUGCAGGAAGCCAAAGGAUGUUGGUUUAUGAAUUUGUCCCUAAUAACACCCUUGAAUACCAUCUCCAUGGAAAGGGUCGUCCAACCAUGGAAUGGUCUACGAGGCUCAAAAUUGCAAUGGGAUCAGCCAAGGGGCUUGCUUACCUUCAUGAAGAUUGUCACCCCCGUAUUAUUCAUAGAGACAUCAAAACUGCGAACAUUCUUCUCGACUUCAAUUUUGAAGCCAAGGUGGCAGAUUUUGGACUAGCUAAGCUUUCUUCCGACACAAAUACUCAUGUGUCAACACGCAUCAUGGGAACAUUCGGGUAUCUGGCCCCUGAGUAUGCGUCAAGUGGCAAGCUAACCGAGAAAUCCGACGUGUUUUCAUUCGGUGUUAUGCUUCUUGAACUCAUAACUGGAAAACGCCCUGUAGAAGCUGAUAUGGAAGACAGCUUAGUAGACUGGGCUAGGCCUAUUCUGUUGCGGGCAUUGGAAGACGGAAACUAUGAAGAGCUGGUUGAUCCUCGCCUGGAGAAAAAUUACAAACCCCAGGAGAUGGUGCGCCUCAUCGCUUGCGCCGCUGCAUGCAUCAGGCAUUCUGCAAGGCGGCGACCGAAAAUGAGCCAGACUGUACGAGCUUUGGAAGGGGACGUCUCACUGGAUGACUUGAACGAGGGCGUGAAACCAGGCCAAAGUUCAGUAUUUGGCUCCGAUGGCAGCACUGACUACGACAAGGGCUCAUAUAAUGCGGAUAUGAAGAAGUUCAGGCGGAUGGCGUUGUCGAGCCAGGAUUAUGAAAGCAGUACUGAGUAUGGAUUCACCAGCGACUACGGAAACAACGAAGCCUCCUCCAGCGCCAGCGGUGACUCGCUAGAACUGGGUCAGCGUAGGGCCUCAAGGCGGACUUGAGCUCACACUCACAUUUGCAAACCGAAGAAAAUGACAAGGAUAUGAUCGAAACUGAUCAUUUUGGUUGUCCGGAUACCAUUUAAAUGUUGUUUUACCUUCCAAUGCAAGUUUUUUUUUUUUUUUUUGCUCAUUUUCAGUAGCGAUCACAGACUCUGUCAUUCGGGAUUCUUCAUGAAAUGAUGCAUUCAGCACCAUUUUGCA